AUGGCGCCACUUAUCGUCAACAACAUUGAAGUUAUCCAGACCCCCACCAUCCCUCCAGCAUGGCCAACUCCCAAAGAGCCUUCCCGCGUGGAGCUCUCAGCCGGAAGUCAAAAGACCCCAGAGCAUCGUCCGCUCCCGUGCGACAUCAUCCUUGAGCGAGACCAGCCGUUGACGCUGCGCGACGGGACCCGCAUCCGCGUUGACAUCUUUCGGCCGAAGACGGACGAGAAGGUCCCCGCCAUUCUGAUGUGGUCGCCUUAUGGAAAGACUGACACCGGAACUUUGAAUCUCCACGCAGUUCCUUUGCGAUGUGGCGUUCCCUUGAACCCAGAGACUGACUUGCCUCCAAGACUCGACCCCGCUGAAUGGGUGCCGAAAGGCUAUGCCAUAAUCAACGCGGAUGCCAGAGGAUGCGGCGACUCUGAAGGUGACAUGAGGUCGUGGGGUACCCCAGAGGGCCAGGACGGCCACGACGCCAUUGAAGGCAUCGCGAAGCUACCCUGGUGCACAAGCAGGGUUGCCAUGGCUGGCAACUCGUGGCUUGCGCUAUGUCAGUGGUACAUUGCCGCCGAGAGACCGCCUCACCUGACGUGCAUUGCCCCUCUGGAGGGUGCAAGCGAUCAUAUGCGCGAGAGUCUGUGCCGCGGCGGGAUUCCUUCGAUUGGCUUCGGGUCGAUGAUUAACAACGUGGUUCGCGGUCGCGGUCAUCAAGAGAAUAGCGUCGAGAUGCUGCUCAAGCACGGGCAGGGUCUCAGAUCGUACUGGGAUGACAAGAGAGCUCGCAUGGACAGGAUUGAGGUCCCGGCGUACAUCUUGGGCAGCUAUUCGACGAUGCUUCACACCAUUGGGAGCUUCAGAGGCUUCGAGGAGAUCCCUCACCAAAACAAAUGGAUCGUGACCCAUGCUACGCAAGAGUGGUUCGACCUGUACAGCCAAGAGCGCACCAAUGACCUGCAAAAGUUCUUUGACCGCUACAUGAAAGGCAUCGAUAACGGAUGGGAGAAUACUUCGCCAGUCAGGUUGGCCGUGCUAGGCUACAGCAAGCCGCCCAUCAUCGAUCUCCCCUUUGACUCCCUACCUUGGCUAGCACCCAGCGCCACCAACACGGAACUCCAGCGUCUUUACUUGGGCGCCGACAAGACACUGCGGCAAUCCAACAACACAGAUACCACGACCCUUGGCUACGAGGGCACGGAAAACAUAGUCUUCACGCACACCUUUACCAAGUCCACACAGCUGCUGGGCCCAACCAAGCUCGUAGUCCACGUAUCCUGCCCCUCCGCUACAGACUUUGACGUCUAUGCCCAGCUCCGGAAGCGAGAUGCAAGCGGCAAAGACCUUGAGCACCUCAACAUCCCCCUAGAGGCACUCCCCGUGUUUGAUACUAAGGAGGUCCCCAACAUCAACCCGCUCAAGUACCUAGGACCCAACGGCAAGCUCCGCGCCUCCAAGCGCAAGGUCGCGCCGGAGCUGUCGCCGAACUACUGGCAGACACUGGCCCACGAUGAAGAUAUUGAGGUCCAGUCGGGGGAGAUUGUCAAGAUGGAGGUCUGGAUAUGGCCCACUGCCAUCCAGUUUGACGCCGGAGAGCAGUUGGCGCUCAAGAUCACCGGCUCUGAUAGCCUGGUGUUGCCAGAGUUUGAGUUCUUGGCCGAGAAGCCGAAGAAUGCUGCUGCUCAGGUUGUCCACUUUGGCGGAGAAUACGAGAAUUACUUGGAGGGGCACUGGCAUGAUUGA